GACCAAUCAGCGUGCACACGGGAAUCCCCAGCAAUAGGAAGUGGUAAUGUGAUGAGUAGCAGAUUGCAUUGUAUUGUUUAUGGAUUUUGUUACUUUUGUAGCACAGACCUACUAGGAGAGGAGACAAGGAGAAGCUGAGGAUCCCAUAGGAGAAGACCUGCUGGAUCACUUUUGUUGGAUGUCUAACUGAUUAAUGGAAGGUAGAAGUCCCUACAGAAUAUAUGAUCCAGGAGGCACAGCCCCAAGCCGACUGUCCACACAGAGGCAAAACAUGGACGGAAUCUUGAAUUUAGGUGAAUUGUUGGAGGAGUCUCAGAAUGUGGCUUUCACUCUCCGACAGAAAGCGGAGGCUCUGACCAAAGACAACCAGGAUUCGCAGCCUUCUUCGUGCCCAGCCUCUCGAUCUUCUCACCUUGGACCAAUGGAUACAGAAAAAGAGCACAUGGAUGACUUUCUGCAUGUACAGAUGGAGAAAAUGGGUGCAGAAUCAAAUACCGGUACUACUCUUAAAAAUAACCAGAAAUCUCCAACAAGUGGAUCAUCUUCUGAAUUUGAAAUCCUGGACCAUAAAGAAAGAAAAAAGCCUCUUGAAGUCAGAUUAUCGGACCCUGGUCCGACUGUGCACCAUGAAGACGACAACCUACAUCAUCACCUGCAGCGUAUGGAAAGUUCACUGAACAUGUUCGCAGAAGAAUCUGACCAUAACCGACUUCUCAGUCACAUCAGCCGCAUGGUGUUGGAGUUUAACCGUCUGGCAAGCAAAGUGAACAAGAAUGAGAUGAGGACAUCGGUAUUACAGACCUUGUGUGAACAGCUGGGGAAAGAGAAUGAAGACUUAAGAUCUAAACUGGAGGUUGACUGGAACAAAAGGAGCCAGGUUGAGCAAGCUUUGAGAUAUGAAAACCUGGAGCUCAGAAAGUUAAUUCUAGAAAAAGGAAAGACACCAGUAAAUAAUAUCACACCAGCAGGGGAGGACAUCAGCAAGGUAGAGAAUGCCACACAUCAACAGGCAGCCAAAUCAGUUGAAAAGCCUACAAAUAAAGACCAAAGUGGACCGUUGUUAAAGAAGGUGAAAAUUCUGGAACAUCAGAGGGCAGAGCUCUUGGAAGUAAAUAAGCAAUGGGAUCAGCAGUUCCGUUCUAUGAAGAUGCAAUAUGAAGAGAAGAUCACAUCCCUGCGUCAGAAACUGUCUCAAGCCACCAAAAAUGAGAGUGAACAGGAAGCGGAAAGAGAUCGCAAGCAGAGAGAUUUUGACCGCAAGCUCCUUCUUGCUAGGGACAAAUUAGAGGAGAAAGAGUCACAAAUCCAGAAACUGGAAUCUGACAUAAGGGAUCUGAAGCAAAAGAAUAAGUUCCUCCAUGACCAGCUGAGCUCCACCAGCAAGCAGCGAGAGUACCAAGAACGAGAGAUCAGCCGACUGAAUAAAGCCCUUGAGGAAGUGCUGAAACUUCGUGACUUGGGUCCUCCUUCACCCUCAAUCAUUGCCUCUGGAGAGGACACUUUGUUUCUGCAACGCCAGGAACUCCUAACCCAGAAUGACCUCCUCAAGCAACAGGUGACCAUCUUUGAAGAAGACUUCAAGAGAGAGCGCAGUGACCGGGAACGUAUGAAUGAAGAAAAGGAAGAGCUGAAGCAACAGCUGGAACAGCUUCAAUCACAAUUGGCUCAGGCAAAAUCCCAGUUACGCUCUUGCCAGGAGGACUUGCGACAGGAGAGAGAUUGCUCACGUGACCUGCCAAGACAACAGGGUUUAAGAGAAAGAUGCAAUCAAGAUCCCCAUGAAGGACCUGCAUGUCCACCAUACCAAUAUCACCAACACCCAUACAGCCCUCCUGGCUUAAUUUACCAAGGCUUUGACGAUUGGCAAAUCUGCUACCCACCUCCAGUUUUUAACCUAGAACACAGCCAAGUCCAAGACUUGCCUAAUGGUCCUCCUCCUGCAUAUCAUUGUAAAGUCCCUAAUGUACCUCAGCGUCCACAUAAAACAAAGGGGGUAGAGAUGUCAAAAUCUAGAAUAAAAGAGCAAGAUGGUGCCAAGCGAGGAACCCAAAAUCCUCAAAGACCAACCUGAGCGGGUAGUAUGAAGGCAACAACGCUGAUCCACUUUGUUGUGGCACUCCUUUCUUUCUUUGUGUGGGAUUAUUGCAUCCUUUUAGCCAUUUUAUUGGUACCGCAUCCUUUCUGCAUGUAGCAUUGUUACGUCCUUUUAGCCAGUUCCUGAGCUUACAAUGGUUGACAUGUUUAGCACUUGGUGGCAGGCAAAGAUUGGUCAGAGAUCGAAUAAAGAUGGAGUUAUUUCAAAAAGCCUAAUAAAAUUGGUAACAAUGUAUCGAACACAAUUUGAAAACCUUUACGAGCCUAUUCUCUUAGUUCAACCCGUGUAUGUUGACACAGACCAGCUAGGCUUAAAUAAUUACUAUAUUAAUAUUUAAUUUAUCACUAGAAUUCCUCUAAUUGCCUGUGAAGGCUUUCACUUGAGUGUGUCAGUAAACAUGAUCUCUACUGUCCCUACCACUCCAGCCUAAACAUACCCAGUUUGGACAAUAUUGUCAUACAUUAAACAGAGGAAAUUGCAGUUGGUACUACAAGGUUAAGAAAAAUAAAAUAUAUUAGCAAACACAGGGAAUGGAUAUAUUUUGCACUUCUUCACACCCACUUAAAACUUUUAGUGUACACAGAAUAAGGGGUGCCAUUUUAUAGGAUGGGGCAGCCCCCUAAUUCAACAGGAACUAGUGACAUCAGUGAAAGUGUAGUGCAUUGCUAUCAUAGAACCGUAUAUUGUACGAUCUUGUCAUAGCAGGGAUCCUCUGCAGCCAAUAUAUGUGGUACAGUAUGUAUAGUCUAUAUGACAGGUCCAUGUGAAACUCCUGAUUUUCGUUUCUAUUUGAUGAGACAUACUUGUUUUCCGCAUUUCAUCCUGUUAGUCUUGCUUAGCAGCAAAUAAGAGCUGGCUCCACUUCUACACUGCAGAGGUGGAGCAAAGAGUGAUUAUGCUAUAGUGAAUAAGAUCUGGAUGGUAAGACUAAAAAAAAUGCCUAUUCUUACAGUUUUUAAAAAUUUCUUGGUGAUUUUAGUGAUGAUUUCAAUAUACUGUUUCAGAGAGGCGGUUGCAACACGCAGAUGAGAUAAAGAAUAGUGGGACAUGCACAUUGGAUAUAUGAUGGAUUAGCAAGAGCUGUGCUGUUCAGGACAAAUAGAGGAUCUUUGUAUGUUUAAUACUGUAGAAAGCAGAAAGUCAAGGCUUGAAAGAUCUUGAAAGGAAUGAGUACUUGAUGCUCUGCUCCCAAGUCUCAUUGCCUGAGAUGAGCUAUGAGGUAGCAGUUAUGCUAUUUCAUGGGGUUAUUAAAGUCAGGAAAGACUUUUGGAGUAAGUGUAUGAGGUAUGUUCACCUGGUACGGGGGUCUCAGCCAGAUCCUGAACACCUUGUGGAUUAUAACUUUUAGUAGGCUUGGGAAGAAUCUGUAGUUCUGUAGAAAGUAAUCUGGGUACCACAAGAAGGGCCUCCAAUGGGACCAGUGAAAGGCAAGCUAGCAGGCCCCAGUGUGGAUUAGUCGAUGAUGGAGGUUUUUGGACAAUAGGAAGUCAUCUUUCACCUGGUUUCCCUUGACUGUAUGUCUGAGUAAUGGGAAGUUUUUCGGUAAAGGAAAAUGGUCACUAAAUUUGCAGUGUUGCCACUGCUAAACUCUUCUGGAAAAAAAAUAGUUUUUUUCAGCCAUGCUGAUGCUUUGUUUGUUAUAGUUUAAGUAACUAAAGCAGGACAUGUGUAAAA